CCCAGUCUUCUGGAUCGCCCUCGCUGCCAGUCUCUCCGUCUUUGCCACAUAGUUCAGCAAAGACCCUGCGGCUCUUACUCGCCAGCUUUAUCCAUUGCUUCCCACCCUUUCCAAGUGUGAGCUUGGUCUGGUAGUUCCGGAGGACGAGGAAAAAGAAAUUGUCGAGCCUGAAUCACUACUGCAUCUAGUUCUACAUCCUCACCAUGGGUCUCGUUGAAGAUGCUCUCGAGCAUGUCUCGCCCAAGACAGCCAGUCUGGCCUUGGGUGUCGGCACUGUUCUCUACUUCACUUACAAGAAGAUCGACGAGGUCACUCGUCUUUCCAAGCUCGGCCCCCGUGGCCAGAAAGUCUUCAGCAAGCUCCCCUUUGGUAUCGAUGUCCUCAAGGGCCAGGUGGAUGCCACCAUGGAGCACAAGAACUACGAGGGCUUCUUGCACCUUUUCGAAGGCCUCACCGGCUACACCGCAGAGACUCGCCUGCUAGGCAAGCGCAUCGUCUUCACCGCCGACCCCGAGAACAUCAAGGCCAUUCUCGCCAAGCAGUUCGACGACUACGGCAAGGGCGAGCCCUUUCACAAGGAAUGGAGCGAGUUCCUCGGCGACAGCAUCUUCACCACGGACGGCCACGCCUGGCACACCAGCAGGCAGCUCAUCCGGCCUCUUUUCGUCAAGGAACGCAUCAGUGACCUCCAGGUUUUCGAGUCCCACCUCGAAACCCUCUUCAAGACCAUCGCCAAUGGUGGCGCCCUCGACGGCCCUGAUCAAGAGGUCGACCUCGAGGCGGGCAACGGCAAGCCCGUCGACCUCAGUGACCUCUUCUUCCGCUACACUCUGGAUGUCGCCACAGACUACCUCCUGGGCAAGGACGUCCAGUCUCUGACUACCCCCAGGCAAGCCUUUGCCGACGGCUUCAAUGAAGUGCAACGCGUCCAGAACAUCCGUGCUCGCGCCGGUCCUCUGCAGCGAUUUGUGCCUCUGGGAUCGUUCCGCAAGGGUCUUAAGCUCGUGAACGAGCUGUGUAACACCUACAUCGACCACGCCCUGCGCCUCUCCAAGGAGGAGCUCGAGGCUGUUACCAAGUCUGAUGAGGGCUACACUUUCCUUCACGAGCUUGCAUCCUACACCCGCGACCGCAAGAUGAUCCGCGACCAGCUCGUCGCCAUCCUCUUGGCUGGCCGUGACACGACUGCCUCCACCUUGUCCUGGACUUUCUAUGAGCUUGGCCGCCACCCCGAGGUCGUCAAGAAGCUCCGCGACGAAAUUCUCAACACAGUCGGCGCCGAUCGGACACCAACCUAUGCCGACCUCAAGGGCAUGAAGUACCUCCAGAACGUCAUGAACGAGACACUGCGCAUGUACCCUGUCGUCCCUUUCAACGUCCGACUUGCCCUCAAGGAUACCACCCUGCCUCGCGGUGGUGGUCCCGACGGGUCCCAGCCCCUCGCUGUCCUCAAGGACACCCCGAUCGGAUACUCGACUCUGGUUAUGCAGCGCCGCGAGGAUCUAUACCCUCCGGUCUCCGAGAACUUCCCUGACGUCAACACAUACUACCCCGACCGCUGGCUCCACUGGCAGCCCAAGCCGUGGCAGUACAUCCCCUUCAACGGCGGUCCGAGAAUCUGCAUCGGCCAACAAUUCGCCCUCACAGAGAUGUCCUACGUACUCACCCGCAUAUUCCAAAAGUUCGACCGCGUCGAGUCCUUCAUGCCCGAGAUUGACGGCGGCAAGCCUACCCUCAAGGCCGAGAUCGUCCUGCAGCCUGGAGACGGUGUCAAGGUCGCUCUAUGGGAAGCCCGCAAGUAGGGCGGCGUGCAUUCUUUUGUUUUGUUCGAUGCUGAGACGAGGAUGGCGAAGAGAGGACAACCGACACAAUGGCUUGAAUGGGUGGUCGGGUGGAUGCAUGAAGAAAUGGAAAGGAAAGGAAAGUAAAGGAGAGCGGGUGGCAAAAUUGCCGUGUAUACACUUGGUUGGCAUAUGACUGACUUUCAGUCUUUCUUUUUCGGCUCUUGUUGAUCAACUGGUUCAGGCGCAUCAUGUUUGGCUAUUCAUGUUUGGGAUUACUUUAACAACUAUUUGGACGUUUGAAGGCAUGAAAUCAACUUGAUCGAGUCUCAA